ACCGAUUUUAUUACAACAAAAAUAGAAAAAAAAAAAAGAGUCACCAUCUCAAUUCUCAAACGCUUCUCUUCAUCCGUACCCAUGGCCGUUUCUGUUUCGCCCAUCCCUCCCAAACCACCUUUCUCUGGCUUUCUACUCUGAAUUCGUUCGCUUCCUCGAUAUUCUCUCCUUCAUUUUCUUUCUUCAUCCUCUGGUUAUUCUCAAGUAGAAGCUGUUCUUCUUCUGCUGCUGCUGCUGCUGCAGCAGUUGUAGGUACAUAAAUCAUACAUGAUACGCCUUUCUCUCGUGUCUGUGUUGAGUUGACGCGGCGGUUCUUUUCAUGAAGACGGCAGCUUGCUUUUGUCGGUAGAAACCCUAAUUAGAGCGCGAAAGGGGGGAAUCAGAUGGCGAUUGUGACGGGAGAUCGGUACCUGGAGAAGUUGGUGAAGUUCGUGGAGGAGCACGCGGGGCCGCUGAUCGAGGGGACGGUGGUACUGAAGCUGAACCCGGCGGGGUUGCACUACGUGCAGUCGAGGCUGGAGGCACUGCAUGAGCUGGAGAGCAUGCUGGCGGGGGCACCGGUGGACUACCUUAGGGCAUACGUCUCGGACCUGGGGGAUCACCGCGCCCUCGAGCAGCUGCGACGGAUCCUCCGCCUGCUGACCUCCCUCAAGGUGGUCUCUGUGCUCCCUCCCCCCAUCAGGGACCCCACUCCCUUGUCCUUCCUCCCCUUUGGCCGCUUGAAGGUUCUUGAGCUCAGGGGCUGCGACCUCUCCACCUCCGCCGCCAGAGCCUUGCUCGACCUCCGCCACACUCUCGAGAAGAUCAUUUGUCACAAUUCCACCGAUGCUCUCCGCCAUGUCUUUGCUAGCAGGAUCACUGAAAUCAAGGACUCUCCCCAGUGGAACCGCCUCUCCUUUGUCUCCUGCGCUUGCAAUGCCUUGGUUCUCAUGGACGAGUCUCUGCAGCUUCUUCCUGCUGUUGAAACGCUUGACCUUAGCAGGAACAAGUUUGCCAAGGUAGACAAUCUUCAUAAGUGUGCCAAAUUGAAACAUUUGGACCUUGGCUUCAAUCAUCUCAGAUCAUUUGCUCCCUUCACCCAGGUAUCCUGUCAUAUUGUUAAACUAGUUUUGAGGAACAAUGCUCUCACUACUUUGUCUGGGAUUGAGAAGUUGAGGUCACUUGAAGCACUUGAUGUUUCCUACAAUAUUAUUUCGAAGUUUUCAGAGCUUGAGUUCCUUGCUGGCCUUCCAAAUCUCCAAAGCUUGUGGUUGGAAGGAAAUCCUUUAUGCUGUGCUCGAUGGUAUAGAGCACAAGUUUUUAGCAUCUUCGUCUGCGCAGAAAAGUUAAAAUUAGAUGACAAGGAAAUGAGCACUGAAGAUUUUUGGAAGAGACAAAUAAUUAUUGCCAGUAUGCAUAAGCAACCUGCCAGCUUUGGGAUUUAUGUGCCUGCAAAGGAUGAGUCUACAGUGGAAGCGGGCAAUAAUAGAAGGAGGAAGGUCAUUCGUCUAGCCAGUAUUAAGAAUGAAGAAGUGAUGACUAGCUCAUGUUCGGAUGAGGAAUCUGCAUCAUGUGUGAAUGAAAUUCUAAAUAGAGAGGAGCCUGAUUUAUCUAAUGAUGAAGCUGAAGUGGUGGAUUUGAUAAACAAAGUUGAGCAUAUGAAGAAAGAGCGUUCUAUUCUUUGGUUGCGAGAAUUCAAAGAAUGGAUGGAUAUUGCUUGUGAUAAAUCGGUGGGAACUAGCAAAGAAGCCAGAACUGCUUUGCAUCAUCAGAAAAAACAUUACUUCAGAGACAAGACGAAUCAGGAGAAAUCUGGGGAAGUCUCGAGAUAUGCAUCAGACUCUGCCCUAGCAUCAGGAGAUGAAAGUAGCAUGAAUAUUUUGGAAUCAGAUAAUUCUUUUGUAGAUAUGUGUAGGCAGCAAUACUUUGAUUAUAGAGGUUCACACUUUACUGCUAGUCUUUCUGAUUUGGGAGGAGUGGAUGUGGAUCAACUUAAAUCUUAUUCACUUGCUGACACUGUUGCUGAUCAAAGAGCCUAUAGAAUGGCCGAAAAUGUCAACAUAUCACCAUUGACCACUAUUAAUGGCGUAUAUGGGUCUCAGUCAUCAUCUGUAUGCCCCUCAUCUCCUCCCCAUUUUCAAGAAGACCUUUUUCAUCGUCGGCAACACAUGGAGGAGGAAAUUUUGCAGCUUUCCGCAGAUUCCUUUUCAGUGGCAUCUUCUGACAGUAACACGAGCGGUAGUGAAGUUGAUCACAGUGAAUUUGAGCCACCAGUUCCUGGGGAUGAUAAUUUGUUAAGCAAAAAUUAUGUGAAUGGGAAUGUCAAUGGUCAUGUUCCCCAAAAUCAACCCAAGGACAUGUUUUACAACCCAAGCCAGGGAAUUCCUCAUGCAAUAGAAAAUGGCAUUUCUUUAUUUGGUUCUCUAAGUGAUGAAAAUUCUAAGCAAUGUUCAAUUAAUUUUGCUGCUAGUAGUCACAAUGAUGCAAAUACUUCUUUUGUGAGCGAAGAUGCCGAUUCAUUGACAAGAAAAGUCAAGAAAAAGGUCAAGAAGCGAUUUGUGUCAAUUUUAGAAGAGAAUACAGAUGGCAGUGCGUCCCAAGAACAAGAGCAGAUUAGUCAAGGACCUAUAUCGGGAAAUUUGAAGAAUGAACUGCACACUGAUGAUUCUUCUGAAUUUUCCGUGCAUAAUUCCCGUGCCCAAGAGAAUGAUGAUUUUAUAGUUACAUAUUUCAAUUCGAGUGUUGCUGAUUCUGAAGCUAGUGAGAUCUGUAGUCAUUGCAUGCGUUGUAGCUGUGUCAUUCAGAGGGAGGCGAUUUAUAUAGAAAGAGAGGUUGCAGUACUGCUGAGCAGUCUUAAGAAGCUCUAUGUGCUACUAAUCAAUGUAGCUUCUGAAGGGUCAGGAACUUUGAGUGUGUUGAGUUGCCACAAGGUAGAAGAAGUUUUCGAAGUGCUUGUUGGGAUGGGGCUUCAGCUGUUAAGGGUGAACUUUGAGGGUGGUGAAACAUACCUUUUCGUAACAAGAAACAUUGAGAAAUCACGAGAGCUAUUAUGUAACAUGCUUGAUUCAUGUGUUGGAAAUGGUAGAUGCUCAAUAAAAAGUUUGGAGCAGGUUCAGGUUCAGUUGUUUGACAACCUAGUGUGUGGUGGUUCAAAUGUGAGCAUAUAUCAGUAUUCCAUGGUGCUUGUCAGUUGUAACAAUAGCAACGAAAAAUCAUGGGUCUCGAGAUCGCUCUUUGUGAUUAAAGGUUAUGUGCUUUUAUGCAUUGAAGAUGUUAAGCAGCUGUUCUCAUUGUCAUCAGAUUCUUCCGUGUCUCCCUAUUUCAGAGUUGAAUCUUGUUGCUCCAUUCCUGACAUUACAAAAGUGGUCAUUGAGGUUGGCGAGAGCUGUGUGACUUUGGUUCUGACGUAUCCAGCGGCAGAAUUCCGACCGUCUACCCAAAUGAACCUUGAAGCUGUCAACCAGGGAAACUCUGCUCUAGGACCGCUUAAAUUGAAGCUUAAGUGGUUCUGCAAAGAUAACCUUCUGAAGUUUGUGUCAUUGUUGAAGGCAAUCCAUGCAGAAAAAAUGGUCUGUCCGUUGGUAGUAAGAUGUUCAUCAUAAAUCUAUUUUGCUCUUUGUUAGUUUACAUUCAUUUCAUUCAUUCGAUUUGGGUUUUCAUAUUCCUUUUUGGCUUGAUCGGUGUGAUGAGUUUAUGCUUUCUUUUAUUCUUUGAUUGAUAUCCACGUAGUGGUGGUUCUUUUCCAAUGUAUAGAAUUGUACAGUAGUCUUCCCAGAAAUGAUGUAGUAGUUUCUUUCUAUGUAGAUUGUCUUAAAGAGAAUUUUGUUGAUUCAGUAGAAUAUUACUAGACAUAAUGGGCAAAUGGCCAAUCCCCAUGGUUACAUUUUCC